UCUUUCUCUCUGUCAUUGUUCCUCUCUCUCCCUACUUAGAGAGGUAACUGGCAAAAUGGGAGUCUGGGUUGAUUCCCAUUUCCUUGUUUCACCAUCUUUUUUCCUGGUUUUGGCUCUCGUCUGCUUCCAGGGAAAUGCUUCCGCCAAUGUCUCUGCCGACGGCUGUGAUUUGUUUACAGGCAGGUGGGUGUUUGAUCCAUCUUACCCUCUCUACUCAGCCUCUGCUUGCCCUUUCAUUGAAAGAGAGUUCACUUGCCAAAAAAAUGGACGCCAAGAUCUGCUUUACACUCAAUACCGAUGGCAACCCCUUGAUUGCACCUUGACAAGAUUUAAUGCAUCGGAGUUCGUAGAAAAGUUUAGAGGGAAAAGCAUAAUGUUUGUGGGAGACUCUCUAAGUCGAAAUCAAUGGCAAUCAUUGACAUGCAUGAUUCACUCAGCAAUUCCUAAUGCCAAAUUCAACAUUACUAGAGUUGGAGAUGUCUCCAUAUUUGAAUUCCUGGAUUAUGAAGUCAAGGUAAUGCUUGAUCGCAGCGUGUAUCUGGUAGAUGUUGUGAAGGAAAAGAUUGGGAGGGUCUUGAAACUGGACUCCAUUGAAAGAGGCAAGCUAUGGAAAGGAAUUGACAUGCUUAUCUUCAAUACUUGGCAUUGGUGGAACCGUCGCGGACCCACUCAACCAUGGGAUUAUAUUGAAGUAGGAGGUGUGAUUAAGAAAGAUAUGGAUCGUAUGCUUGCUUUUGAAACAGCUCUCAACACCUGGGCUGGAUGGGUGGAUGCCAACAUUGAUCCUGCAAAAUCUCUGGUCUUUUUUCAGGGAAUUUCUCCAUCUCAUUACAAUGGAUCUUCAUGGAAUGAACCAAGUGCAAAGAACUGUCUGGGCCAGAAGCAGCCAUUGCUUGGCACAACAUAUCCAGGAGGUCUUCCACCAGCUUUAGAUGUGCUAAAGAAGGUAUUAGAAACAGUGAAAAAACCUGUUAAGUUGCUUGAUAUAACCAUGCUCUCGUUGUUACGCAAAGAUGGACAUCCUUCAAUGUAUGGGCUUGGCGGACCGACGGGAAUGGAUUGCAGCCAUUGGUGUCUAGCAGGAGUUCCAGAUACAUGGAACGAGAUUCUUUACAAUCUUAUUCUUUGA